GGCAAGUGGUGAGGCCCCGCCUCAGAGCACCCCAACUUGACACCAUGAAGAUCCCAGCUCUUCCCGCAGUGGCUCUCCUCUCUCUUCUGGCAUUCCACUCUGCUCAGGGGGCCUCCCUGGGUAGUUCUGAGGAAGAAACCACCAUUGGGAAUUAUGCGGCAGGACCUGAGGCCUUUAACACUCAGUUCCUGAACAUCGACAAGUUGCGAGCUGCUUUCAAGCCCGAGGAGUUCCUGAACUGGCACGCUCUCGUCGAGUCUAUCAAAAGGAAACUGCCUUUCCUCAACUGGGAUGCCUUUCCUAAGCUGAGAGGACUGAGAAAUGCAGCUCCUGAUGCCCAGUGACCCUUCUCAUCAAGACCCAGCACCACCGACACCC